AUGAUGGUAAAAAAGAGCGGAGAUGAAAUUGCCUCAAAUCAGAAAGAUUGGGGACUGGGAGUGAAAUUUACCCAAAAACUUAUGGGGCAGGAAAACCCUCUAUGGGGUAUCUUUUUCCCUCCAAAAAAGCCAUUCCAUGCAUCGAACCACGUGUUAUCACAUUAUGCCGCCACGUCAGCUAGUUGGAAGAAAAACAGAAAUACACUCUUCGGUUCGAAAACCUUAAACAAACUCAUCCGGUUUCUGGAGGAAACUAAUAAAAUGGAGGCCGUCGAGAGAUUGACGGCAUUGAAGAAGGCAUAUGCAGAUAUAAUGUUGAACACGACAAAGGAAGCAGCAGCCAGGAUUAUGGCAUCGGAGAGUAAGGCAGCUCGGUAUCAGCAUGAGCUGAGGGUUGCAAAAGAGGAGGGGCUCCGAAUGCUAAUGCGCCUCAAACAAAUGAUGGAUUUAAAGGUAAGGGGAGCAGAAGCAGCAUCGUUGAAUCAGCAGAAGAAGAUUGAAGAAGUUGAAGCUCAGCUCCAGGAAGCAGAGGAUAUUGUCAAAGAUCUCAGAGAAGAGUUGAGAGAAGUGCAGGCUGAACUGGAGCGGGUGAAAAACAAAAACAUGCUGCUAGUAGAUGAACCUGAUUAUACUUGUCUGAGAGAACUGCAAGACAAAAGUAGAAUUUAUUCUUCUCAAUCUGUUAAAUUCGCUGAACCAAAUUUACAGAAUGAGUCCUCUCUAGCUUCUGAUGUUAGAAUUCCACAUCCUUACCAGAGAGACAGGGUGGUUCAGAAGUGCUACAACAAGACAGUUUGUUUAAACAAUUUGUGUAAUGGGAGUCCAGAUUCGCCAUCUAUAACAUUGAGAAAUAAAGAGCCUGGAUUGUUCCGAAAGGUUUGCGCACAUAGAAUUCGUGCAUGUGAAAGGAAUCUGUUGGAUAGGGAAUCUUAUCGUUCUGGGAAACAUGAUAAAGUGAAAAAUACGAGUGUCAGAGAGCAUGAGGAGGGUAAAGAUACCUUUAAAGAACCAGCUCAUGGGACUAAAACUUUAAGUUAUCUUGAGACGAAUCUAUUAGCGGGUGUCAAGCUUAGCAGCUCUAAAUCUUUUGUUUCGAAAAGGAAAAGAGCUAUUAGGGGAAGGAAAUCUAUAACACCCCCACGGUGGGAACAAUCUGAUAAACCUAUUCAGGUAUUUGAUGCUAAUUCUGGUGAGAAUCCUUCCAAGAUAGCUCCAAGAUGGUUCCCUCAUAAACCUCAACCAGGAAUUGAACCAGGGUGCGUAGAAUCUUCUGAAAAGGAAGCAGUUCUUGUGGAACGCUGUGAUGCUCAAGAGGGAAUGUGCCAGGAUCAAGCAUUGAUUGAGAAUUUGCUGCUUUUGAGACAGAAAACUGAACCUGCACAGAAUUCAGGGACCCCUUAUUGUAAACUGGAUGCUGAAAAUUUACUAGUGAAUGAUUUAGAGUCGAAAUCAUCUGAUAUUACUAGUGGGUUUCCUGAUCAAGCUAGAAGGGAAAGAGUUAUUAAAUACACAUUUCAGAGGAAGCGGAAGAGACAGACUUUAAGUGAAUCUGAUGGGAAUGUGUCUCUUGAAACUGAUACUUUGGAAAGACAACCUGGGAAUAAGCAAAAUGGUGAUGAUGGCCUAAAUCUGCAGAAGCCAAGCUUGGAAACAGCAUCAUUUGAAGAUGAUCUGCCAUUAGCACAAGUUGCUCGUCAGCUCAUGUCUCUGUCUGAGAAUAAGUGGUGGCUGUAA